UCAGCGAGGAAUCUAUGAUUUUGCCCACAUUCCCUGUGCGUCAGACAUUACUUCCGGUGCAAAUCGCAUAGUUGGGAGUUUACGACAGGUCAACGUGUCCUUCGACGCACGUGUGCUGCGUUCUUCUCCUCGGCAAGCAGGCGAGUCAGUAGGGUUCGUAGUUUCUCAAAUACUUUUACUAGAGGCUAGAAUAUCCCUUGAACAUGCUGAAGUCAAUCGUCCGUGUUGCGGGUGCCGCUCUGCGUCUUCCCACCGUCUCCACAUCCACGGCACGGGCUCUGCCGACUAGCUGCCCGACACUAUGCUCGCAGAACGCGGCCACCGCCAGAGCCUUCACCCGCUCCCUCUGGAUGAUGAACGGCAAAGGAGCGUCUGGGUACAGACCGAAGUUGUUCACUUCCAAAGUGUUGAAUCCUUCGGCGUCGUGUGGAUGCGGUGCAAUACACACAGAGGGUGACAAGGCAUUUGGGGAGUUUCUAUUUGAUGAAAUAAAAGAGGAGAAAAAGAUUCAGAAAAGCGGGACUUUACCCAAGAUAUCUGGUGGAUGGGAACUGUCGAUGGAUGGGACAGAGGCUCUGCUCACAAAACACGUUGCUGGAGAAAAAAUCACUGUCACGUUCAACAUCAAUAACAGCAUUCUUCCUAACUUUGCGGAUGAGGCAGAACAAGGAGAGCAAAAAUCAGGAGAGGAGGAUGAAAUUUUGUCAACACCAAACUUUGUUGUUGAAGUUACAAAACAGGGUGCAAAACAUACGUUGGUGAUUGACUGCCAAUUCCUUCAAGAUGAGAUGGGACACGGCGAAGAGGAUGAGAGUGACAUCUUUGGCGUCUUUGAGGUUAGCUUUCAGCCAGAGGGGGAUUCAGAGUGGAAAGAGACCAGCUACACGCUCACAAAGGAUUCUCUGAAUGAUUCCCUCUAUGACCACAUGAUGGACUUUCUGGCCGACCGGGGUGUCGACAACACAUUUGCAGAUGAACUGAUAGAGCUCAGCACUGCCAUUGAGCAUCAACAGUACAUCAAGUUUCUGGAAGAACUCAAAACCUUUGUGAAAUGUACAUAAUCUAUUUAUAGACUCCAAGUGUUCAUUUUGUCCAGUCCUCAUCCAUUUGCAACUACCGCAAAUGUUUGUUGCACUUAAAGCUCAAGACUUAAAUUAGAUGAUCCAUGUUAGCAGUUGUUGGAUUUUGAGAUUACAUGUUCCAGAGGCUAAUUGUUUUUUGUAGGUCACAGUGCAAUUAAACUAUUUGAAAGCUCUA